UAUAAACUGCUGUUACUGUUCUGGGGCGAUGAGCUUUAGUGCAGAUGCAGUUUGUUGGGUGAUAGCAAAUGUGUGAACGUCAAAAUGCUUUGUCACAUAACUCGACCGGACUGUGUAGUUAUGGAGGUGGAGGUUGAUCCCAAAGCGAACGGAGAGGACUGUCUCAACAAGGUAUGUCAGAGACUGGGGAUCAUUGAGGUGGACUAUUUUGGACUCCAGUUCACUGGGAGUAAGGGUGAGAGUCUAUGGCUGAAUUUAAGAAACAGAAUCUCUCAACAAGUGGACAGUGUGUCGCCUUGCAGACUGAAGCUGCGAGUGAAGUUCUUUGUGGAGCCUCAUCUUAUACUGCAAGAGCAAACAAGGCAUUUGUUCCUGAUGCAUGUGAAGGAGGAACUUGUCCGAGGAAGCGUGCGGUUAGACUCGUAUCAGGUGGUGGAACUGUGUGCCCUGUUGGCCCAGGCAGAGUUUGGAGAUUACAACCAGAACACAGCCGAAUAUUUCUGCACCCAGAUCUACAGCCAGGAAUCCAACCCAAGCACCAUGAACAACAUUAUUGCUAGGCAUAAAGAGCUACAGGGUUUGAGUCAGGCCUCGGCAGAGUACCAGGCUCUACAGCUGGUGUCCUCUCUGGAGAACUAUGGUGUGGAGUGGCACUGGGCACGGGACACUGAGGGACACAAGGUGGCCAUUGGGGUAGGACCGGAAGGCCUGCUCAUCUGCAAAGAGGAUUUCACACCCAUGAACAGAUUCAUAUAUCCAGCCAUUCAAAUGGCCACUCAGUCUGGGAAGAAUGUGUAUGUGACCGUCGCUAAGGACAAUGGAGAUAACCUGGUCCUCCUGUUUAAAUUCAUCACCGCUAGUGCUGCCAGCGGACUGUACCGGGCCAUUACCGAGAUCCAUGCGUUCUACAGGUGCGACACAGUGACGAGCGCAGUGAUGAUGCAGUACAGCCGCGACUUCAAGGGCCACCUGGCUUCGCUUUUUCUCAACGAAAGCAUCGACCUGGGCAAGAAGUACAUCUUCGACAUCCAGCGCACGUCCAAGGAGGUGUAUGACCGGGCCCGGCGCACGCUCUUCAGCACAGGGCUAAAGAAGGACGCCCAGCACCCCUGUCUGUCCCCUCCCAGACAGCCAGAGGUGGAGGAUGAGGAGGAGGCUGCGUAUGAGGCCUGCAGGGAGAAGCUCCAGAGGCUGCAGGAGGCUCUGACCUGCGCCCUUUGCUGCGAGGCUGAGAUUGACGCUGCCUUCUGCCCCUGUGGACACGUGGUCUGCUGCCAGAAAUGUGCUGUCCAGCUUCAGUGCUGCCCAGUGUGUCGUUCAGAGGUUGACCGUAUUCAGCAUGUCUACCUGCCCACUUGCGCCAGUCUGCUUGAUCUUGUGGAGCCACGCAGGGACAUUGACAACAGACACAUUGGACUGGCACCUGACAAGAACAUCCCAGAUGGUUACAGAAUGGAGGAGAAAGUUUGUACAGCAUAGAAAGUUGCAGUGGGUUCAUCUAUUGAGUGUUCUUUAAAGGGGCUGUCAACUUAUUUCCUUAAUCCAUUUUUUUGCUGUCAGCUGUAAGGUCUUGUGUGGAUUUACUAUUGACUGUCAAGUAAAGAACAUUAGGCCUUAUUCACCAACCAUUCUCAAGAAGAAAUUUCUUCUUAAAACCCAUUUAUGCUUUUUUCACGUUUCAAAGAUUCUGAUGUUCACCAGUGUUUUCUUAUUUGGGAUUUGCUCGUAGGUAAGAACAGAAUCUACACACGCUCAAGAGCACAAAGGUGCGAACAAGGCGGUUUAAGACCACGUCAUGAAUCUGACGUAGACUUUUUCUUAAGACCCUUCUCAAGAAUAAAUUUAGGAAAACACCUAGGAAGAUUUUGGUGAAUGAUGUUGGUCAUUUCUGUAGAUUCUUGCAAUUUCGUGUUUUCUUUUAGGUAGGGCCACAUUGAGAGGAGCUGGUGUUCCUCACCAGUCGGUAAAAAAGAAGGGAUUUUCAUUUGUUAUCCCUUGCCAUACUCCCACUUCACACAAACCUAAGUCGCUUUAGUUGAACCCAAGCGACUACCAGUGAACGAACUAGCAGGCUAGCGUUUUAUAGUGUGCCUUCCCGUUAUUCUUCCUUUCAUCAUGCCUUCACUUUUUUUUAGCGUCCCUCAAGAUACAUAAAAUACUUGGAUAACAAACAAUGAUUCUAGACACAGUGCUAUAAUUUAUUUAUUUAACAUUUGCUUAUGUUGAAAUGGCUUCACCACUGAAAAUGCCAGCUCAUAAUUCAGAAUUUCCAACCUCGGACUAGGAAAAACAAAAACAAAAUGCCUCAUCAAAUGGGAAUUCCUACUUAGACGUUUGCUUUAGAUCCAUCAACAAUACAGAUAGCCCUGCUCGAAGAAAACAGCAUGGACCAGCAAAACCAACAUAUGUUGUGUUUUGGAUGCUGGUAUGCUGGUCAACCAGCAUGACCAUGUUGGGUGACCAGUUGAACCAUCACCAGACUGGCAUAAACCUGCAUUAAUCAGAAUUUUUCAGCAGGGAGUAGUUGGUUAAAUCUGCAAAACUAACCUAAUAAACAUAGCUCUUUUAAUGAGGUACUUGAAAUAUGGAGGUUAACGCAAAAAGAAAGUUACUUAUCGCUCAUAUCUCUAAUGUUAGUGGCUAGCAUGUUUGCAAAUAACACUCACUUUUAUGCAAGCGUCCAAUUUUCCCAAUUUUGUAGCUUGAUCAUGUGUAAUUUCAAGCUCCCACUCCAGAGAUAAGCUGAUUUCAGCAUUUCUGUACAGUCUGAAACAUCCACACAGUCCUGCUGCUGAGUUCUGAAUUCUGGUAAAUGAUCUGUUUCUAUCACAUCUAACAUUGCUUAAUUAUUAUCAUUUUACAGAUUGUUAGUAUCAUUAGGAUUUUUUCAUAUUUGUAGUUGAGUUUACGGCCCCUCUAGAUUCAAAAUAGUUAACUCACUACAAUACAUGGUAGCAUACUGUGAGGACAUGUUUCUCUUUAGGGAAAGGUCAAUGGGUGGAAAACCUUUGGAACUAUAAUUCUGCAACAGAAGACAUUUUGCAUGAAGUGACAAAAGCUGAAAUGACUGUAUGCGACAUUGUCAUUCCUUAAUGUCUUAAUACUAUGCAAUACCAACUCUAAAAUACAAAGUAUAUAUUUUGUAUUUAUUUCUCUGUUGUGUCUAACCUAAUUGUGCAGUAGGAUCAUGUUUUGUGACCAGAAGGCUACAACUUGAAGGCUACAACUUGGUGGCGAACACUCCAUGUCAAACAUUACUGCAUUUUUUUAAAUAGAAUUUUUUAUCAAAACUUUCUUCUUUUUGUGAUGUAUGUUUAAACUAUGUGGCCAUUUCACAGAGUUAAUAUAUUUGCUUUUCUUAAAGGAAUGUAAUGCCUUCAGAGAACUUGCAAGUUUUUUGAGUGUUCUAUGCACAUGAUAUACAUUAUACUGUAUGUCUGUUUGUAAACACCUGCUCAUUCAACAUUUCAUUUGAAAUCAAGGGUAUGAAUAGGGACUUUGUCCCCUCCUUGCUGCAGUAACGGCCUCUACUUUUCUAGGAAGGCUAUACACUAGACGUUAAAACAUUACUUUGAGGAUUCAGCCACAAGAGCAUUUGUGAGGUCAGGUACUGAUGUUGAAUGAUUAGUUCUGGAUCGCUCCAACUCAUCAAAGGUAUUGGAUGGAGCUCCAUCACUCCAGAAAAUCAGUUGCACUGCUCCACAGCCCAAUGCUGGGACCUGUAUACCCCUCUAGCUGACACUUGGCUUUGGACAUGGAGACUGUCCAAAGGCUCAUGUGCGGCUGCUCCAGAGAGUCCCAUUCUACUGGCAGUGCUUUUCUAUUGAGAUUACAAGCUGUAUUGAACACGUCAGCAAAGGGUGCACCUUAAAGUAGAUGAAUUGACUAAUUAGAAGGGGUGUCUAGAGGCAGUUAUGUGCAAAAUUUUGGGCAAAAAUGUCAUAUUUUGUUGAUUUUUGAAGUUAAAAGAAGUAAACACAACCUCUGUAUCAA